AUGGCAUCCAAAUCAAUUCUCUCGUUUAUGUAUCAGCAAGGGGGAUCGUCGCUGGUCGAAUUGCCCCCAGCUUUUCUUGCCCCUGCACUGUAUUGUCCGAAAAUCACCUUCAAAUCCCAACGCUCACACUUCUCUUGCUCCUCAACUCCUUGUGCUCGUGAUCGCAGUCGACAUCGCGGCGUCUCUGCCAUCCACCGAACUGGGCCUAAACAGGCAUUGCCCGUGUCGAAAUUCGAUCUGCCGAAGCCCAUCCCAGCAACUCAGCAUGAAAAGCGGCCCGUUAAUCCUGAACAUGGACUUUGGGGCUUCUUCGGCCAAGACAAACAAACUAUCCCUACACCAGAAGAUGAAUAUGCUCACGGUCGUGCUUGGACUAUCCAAGAGCUGAGGCAGAAGUCUUGGGAUGACUUGCAUUGCCUUUGGUGGGUCACUGUUCGGGAACGUAACCGGAUAGCGACAUCUAGUUAUGAGAGAAAGCGAUUGGCAGCCGGCUACGGAGACUUCGAGUCUGAGAACCGGGAUAAAACGGUUCGAACUACGCAACAUGCUAUUAAACAUGUCCUUCGCGAGCGAUGGUAUGCCUGGAACGAAGCUCGUGAUCUCUACAACUCCGGAUACAGACCGUCCCAAGAACAAGUGCUUGAGGAUGCUGAUGGUAUCGCGGCGGAACAGGAGGGGCCUGAAGAGCUGGGCUCGGCCAACAAACCAGAGCCUGGAGCUUCUAAAAUUAUCUAA